CGCCGCCCGCCGCGCGUCGCCAACGCCCAGGGACCGGACCCUCGCGCAGCCCGCCUGCCCGCGACUGUGGCAUCCUGGAGUUGAUGGGAGCUGCAGGGGCACGCCGGGCCAGCCUCCCUCCCAGCCAGUGACGGACGCCCUCCCAGCUCGUGGACAUUGCCUGCCCUUCAUCCUCUGCCCGGUACCGCCGGGGAUGAGCCUCCUCCUGAGAGUCUCCUCCGUAGUCCCUUAGAGGAACCGGUUGCCGCUGCCACCACCUCCUCUUCUGUCAGCCUCAGUGACUCCGACCUUAUUUUUACUUUAUGGAUUUUUCCCAGAUGUGAAGGUCCUUCCCGGGCACUACUGAGGCCAGACCGAUAACCCAGUGGCUUGGGGACCCUAGUUCACUCCGGCACGGGCCCUUGCCUGAAGAGAGCCUGCCCCUCUCCCUACAGCUUCCCAGGGCCAAGACUUCCAGGUGUUUGGCGUGUGAACGCUGGUCCUCCCUGCUCUGCCCGUUCCCUCCGUCCUCUAGGAAGCACACACAGCUCCACGAUGGCAGCAGAGACGCUCAACUUUGGGCCUGAGUGGCUCAGGGCCCUUUCCAGCGGUGGCAGUGUGGCCUCCCCACCCCCCUCCCCUGCCAUGCCCAAAUACAAGCUGGCUGACUACCGCUACGGGCGCGAGGAGAUGCUGGCUCUCUAUGUCAAGGAGAACAAGGUCCCUGAAGAGCUGCAGGACAGGGAGUUUGCUGCGGUGCUGCAGGAAGAGCCACUGCAGCCCCUGGCCCUGGAGCCCCUGACCGAGGAGGAGCAGAGAAACUUCUCCCUGUCAGUGAACAGUGUGGCUGUGCUGAGGCUGAUGGGGAAAGGGGCUGGCCCCCCCCCGGCUGGCACCUCCCGUGGCAGGGGCAGCACUCGGAGCCGAGGCCGAGGCCGCGGCGACAGUUGCUUUUACCAAAGAAGCAUCGAAGAGGGUGAUGGGGCCUUUGGACGGAACCCCCGGGAGAUCCAGCGCAGCCAGAGCUGGGAUGACAGAGGCGAAAGGCGGUUUGACAAGUCAGCAAGGAGGGAUGGAGCACGAUCCGGGUUUGAGGAGGGAGGGGCUGGCCCAAGGAAGGAGCAUGCCCGCUCAGAUAGCGAGAACUGGCGUUCUCUGCGGGAAGAGCAAGAGGAAGAGGAGGAGGGCAGCUGGAGACUCGGGGCGGGACCCCGGCGAGAAGGAGACCGCUGGCGCUCAGCCAGCCCUGAUGGUGGCCCCCGCUCUGCUGGCUGGCGGGAACAUGGGGACCGGCGUCGCAAGUUUGAAUUUGAUUUGCGAGGGGAUCGAGGAGGGUGUGGUGAAGAGGACGGGCGGAGUGGGGGAGGCAGCUCUCACCUCCGGAGGUGCCGAGGGCCUGAUGGCUUUGAUGAUGACAAGGAUGGGCUCCCAGAAUGGUGCCUGGACGAUGAGGAUGAAGAAAUGGGCACCUUUGAUGCCUCUGGGGCCUUCUUGCCUCUUAAGAAGGGUCCCAAGGAACCCAUUCCUGAGGAGCAGGAGCUCGACUUCCAGGGUCUAGAGGAGGAAGAGGAGGAGCCUCCCGAAGGGGUGGACGAGGAGGGGCCUGAGGCAGGUGGGAAGGAGCUGCCCCCACUGCCUCCUCAGGAGGAGAAGUCCAGCUCUCCGUCCCCACUGCCUGCCUUGGGCCCACUUUGGGGGACAAAUGGGGAUGGUGACGAAACUGUGGAGAAAGAGCUCCCAGCAGCUGAAGGAGACGAUAUGAGGGGCAUCCAGCUGAGUCCUGGGGUGGACUCCCCCACUGGCCCACCCGGUGACCUGGAAGAUGAUGAAGGCUUGAAGCACCUGCAGCAGGAGGCCGAGAAGCUGGUGGCUUCCCUGCAGGACAGCUCUCUGGAGGAGGAGCAGUUCACGGCCGCCAUGCAGACCCAGGGCCUGCGCCACUCCACCGCAGCCACUGCCCUCCCCCUCAGCCAUGGCGCUGCCCGGAAGUGGUUCUACAAGGACCCGCAGGGGGAGAUCCAAGGCCCCUUCACAACACAGGAAAUGGCCGAGUGGUUCCAGGCUGGCUAUUUCUCCAUGUCACUGCUCGUGAAGCGGGGCUGUGAUGAGGGCUUCCAGCCUUUGGGUGAGGUGAUCAAGAUGUGGGGCCGCGUGCCCUUUGCCCCAGGACCCUCACCACCCCCCCUGCUGGGAAACAUGGACCAGGAGCGGUUGAAGAAGCAACAGGAGCUGGCAGCGGUGGCAUUGUACCAGCAGCUGCAGCACCAGCAGUUUCUUCAGCUGGUCAGCAGCCGCCAGCUCCCGCAGUGUGCGCUCCGGGAAAAGGCAGCUAUGGGGGACCUGUCGCCGCCGCAGCAGCAGCAGCUCACAGCGUUUCUGCAGCAGCUCCAGGCUCUCAAACCCCCCAGAGGUGGGGACCAGAACCUGCUCCCGACGAUGAGCCGGUCCUUGUCGGUGCCAGAUUCGGGCCCCCUCUGGGACGUACAUACCUCAGCCUCAUCACAGUCAGGUGGUGAGGCCAGUCUUUGGGACAUACCAAUUAACUCUUCGACUCAGGGUCCAAUUCUAGAACAACUCCAGCUGCAACAUAAAUUCCAGGAGCGCAGAGAAGUGGAGCUCAGGGCGAAGCGUGAGGAGGAGGAGCGGAAGCGCCGGGAGGAGAAGCGCCGCCAGCAGCAGCAGGAGGAGCAGAAGCGGCGACAGGAGGAGGAGGAACUGUUCCGGCGCAAGCAGGUGCGGCAGCAGGAGCUGCUGCUGAAGCUACUGCAGCAGCAGCAGGCAGCCGCAGUCCCUGUGCCCCCUGCGCCCAGCUCCCCGCCCCCACUCUGGGCUGGCCUGGCCAAGCAGGGCCUCUCCAUGAAGACGCUGCUCGAGCUGCAGCUGGAGGGCGAGCGGCAGCUGCACAAGCAGCCCCCAACUCGGGAGCCAGCACGGGCCCAGGCCCCCAACCACCGCGUGCAGCUUGGGGGCCUGGGCACUGCCCCCCUGAACCAGUGGGUAUCUGAGGCAGGGCCGCUGUGGGGCGGGCCCGACAAGAGUGGGGGCGGCAGCAGCAGCCUGGGGCUCUGGGAGGACACCCCCAAGAGCGGCGGGAGCCUGGUCCGUGGCCUUGGCCUGAAGAACAGCCGGAGCAGCCCGUCUCUCAGCGACUCUUACAGCCACCUAGCAGGUCGCCCUGUUCGCAAAAAGACAGAGGAAGAAGAGAAGCUGCUGAAGCUGCUGCAGGGCAUCCCCCGGGCCCAGGACGGCUUCACCCAGUGGUGCGAGCAGAUGUUGCACACGCUGAGCACCACGGGCAGCCUGGACGUGCCCAUGGCUGUAGCCAUCCUCAAGGAGGUGGAAUCCCCCUAUGACGUCCAUGAUUAUAUCCGUUCCUGCCUGGGGGACACGCUGGAAGCCAAAGAAUUUGCCAAACAAUUCCUGGAGCGGAGGGCCAAGCAGAAAGCCAGCCAGCAACGGCAGCAGCAGCAGGAGGCGUGGCUGAGCGGCGCUUCCCUGCAGACGGCCUUCCAGGCCAACCACAGCACCAAACUCGGCCCUGGGGAGGGCAGCAAGGCCAAGAGGCGGGCGCUGAUGCUGCACUCAGACCCCAGCAUCCUGGGGUACUCCCUGCAUGGAUCUUCUGGUGAGAUCGAGAGCGUGGAUGACUACUGACCAGCCGGUCCCCAGCACCUGGGCUGUAGGCCAGGGGUGGCAGCAGUGGCAUGGACCCUCCGGUCCCCAGCCUGCAGGCUCCCCA